AUGGCGGAUGCAUUGAGUAGGGCUUUUCUCUCGCAUCCAGAAAUAAUUCGUGAUGGGGAGCAGGGUCCGCAAGUACUCGCAGUUGACGAUGUCGUAGUCGAAGAUGUUAGAUCUCCCACUGAGAUUGCAACCGAACAGUUCAACAUGCUUCAGUAUCAGCCUGUCAAAGAAGAAACCCUUCAGAGAAUUAAAACAAGUACACGUGAAGACCCCGAGCUUAAGAUUCUGGAGCAAGUGAUCAAGCAAGGUUGGCCGGAGUCAAAGAAAGAAGUUCCAGCACAGGAUUUGAAGUAUGUAGCUUUCCGAGAGGAGUUAACAGCGCAAGAUGGAAUCAUUUUCAAGGGAGAACGUGUGGUCGUACCUCGAUCCUUGUGUAAAGAGUUCACAAUGAAGGUCCACGUUAGUCACCUGGAGAUUCAAGCGUGUCUCAGACGAGCUCGGGAAGUAUGGUAUUGGCCAAACAAGAAUAAAGAGAUUACUGAGUACAUUUCAAAAUGUCAGACAUGCAAGACAUACUCUCAAGAGCAACAGAAAGAACCCAUGAUUCCAUAUCCAGUUCCUUCUAGACCGUGGAAAGUAAUUGGAGCUGAUCUGUUUGAAUUCCAAGGAAGACACUAUCUUGUCACCACAGAUUACUAUUCAAAUUUCUUUGAAGUUGAUAGAUUGUAUAAUACAACAUCAAAAGAAGUUAUUUGUAGAUUGAAGGCUCACCUAGCCAGGCACGGUAUACCAGACAGAAUGGUAAGUGACAAUGGACCUCAGUUUACCUCGGAAGAAUUCAGACAAUUCGCCGAUGCUUAUGAGUUUCAACAUGGUACGAGUUCGCCUGAUUAUCCACAGUCGAAUGGAAAGUCUGAGAACGCUGUAAAAACUGCAAAACGAAUAAUGGAGAAGGUGUUGGCUGUUGGAGCAGAUCCCUACCUAGGAUUCUUGGAUUUCCGAAAUACUCCAACUGAAGGUUUGGAUACGUCACCGGUGCAGCGUCUGUUUGGCCGUCGGACAAAAACACUCCUACCCACAUCCAGUAGAUUACUGUCGAUGAGAAAGAACGAUUCGAGUACGGAGCGAAAGUUGAACGAUAGGAAAAGAAAACAAAUGUUUUACUAUAACAAAGCGUCGAAGAGUUUAAAGCCGUUAAAGGAAUGA